AUGGAAGUGUGGAGUGAUGCUUGUGCUUUAAAACUUAUUUGGAUGCUCUUCUUCAGGGCUGGUUCGAUAUGGGUUCUGCGGAUGAGAUCAAAGUAUUUGUCUUAUGCUCCAUUCUGGUCAUUAAAUGAAAAGUACUAUGGUUAUUCUUGGAUGUUCCCUAAGCUUCUGAAAUUAAUGAAUAAAGGGCUUCACUUUCUGAAAAUUCAUGUGGGGAAUGACGACUCAACUUUCUUCUGGUGGGACGCUUGGACGUCUUUCGGUAUGUUGUAUACCUUUCUCGGCCAUGGUGGGUCUUCGCGUCUUGGUGUUCCCUUGUUUGCUACUAUGGCAGAUGUCCGUAAUGGUGCUGGUUGGCAUCUUCCAUCAGCAAGAUCUGAUAAACAGUUGCAGCUUUUAGCCUAUGUCUCUACCUUGCCCAUAACUGAGGUCUCUAACAUGCCUCAGUGGUCUAUCAAUGGAAAUUCACAGAAGACCUUCGUCUCCAAAUCAAUAUGGAACAUGAUCAGACCCCAUAAGCCCUCGUAUCAUGGUCUAAACUGGUCUAGCACAAAGCAGCUAUACCAAGGCACGCUACCACUUCUUGGUUAA